AUGCCCGAGCCCAGCAAGGCCGGUACGGGGCCAGAGGAGAAAAAAGUGGAGAAAAAAGAAGAGAAAAAGGAGGAAAAAAAGGAGGAAAAAAAGGAAGAGGAAAAAAAGGAGGAGGAAAAGGAGGAGAAAAAGGAGGAAAAGGGGUCCGAAGACUCCAAGGAUGAUUCCCUGGAUGACAUUCACCCCCCCGAACCCCGAGACCCCGAAGGGCUCUUCAUCAACAAACCCCAAAGCGUCCUCGUCGACAGCGGGAAGGACGUGGCGGUGGUGGCCCGCGUGGAUGGGGCGCAGCUGACGGCCAAACCCACCAUCAAAUGGUUCAAAGGGAAAUGGUUGGAAUUGGGCAUCAAAAGCGGCGCUCGGUUCCAGUUCAAAGAGAGCUUCGACAAAGAGAGCAAAGUCUACACCUUCGAGCUGUUCAUCUCCAAAGUGGCCAUUGGCGAUCGCGGCGAUUAUCGCUGUGAGGUGACGGCCAAGGACAAGAAGGACAGCUGCUCCUUCAACAUCGACGUCGAGGCCCCCCGCCCCACGGACAAUGGCAACGUGCUGCAAGCCUUCAAGAGGACGAACGACGCCAAAGACGACGCAGCCGGAGAGCUCGACUUCAGCGGACUGCUGAAAAAGAGGGAGGUGCAGGUGGAGGAGAAGAAGAAGAAGAAGGACGAGGAGGAUCCGUUCCCGCCCGAGAUUUGGGAGCUGCUCAAAGGCGUCACCAAGAAGAGCGAAUACGAGCGCAUCGCCUUCCAGUAUGGCAUCACCGACCUGCGCGGGAUGCUCAAACGCCUCAAGAAGAUCAAAGUGGAGCCCAAGAAGAGCGAAGCCUUUAUCCGCAAGUUGGACCCCGCGUACCAGGUGGACAAAGGCAAUAAAAUCAAACUGAUGGUGGAGCUCAGCGACCCCGAUUUGCCCCUCAAGUGGUACAAGAACGGGCAGCUGAUCAAACCCAGCGCCAAAUACGUCUUUGAGAACGUGGGGCUCAAGCGCAUCCUCACCAUCCAGAAGUGCUCUUUGGCCGACGACGCCGCCUACGAGUGCCGCGUCAACGACGAGAAGUGCUUCACCGAGGUCUUCGUCAAAGAACCCCCGGUGACCAUCGCCAAGGGCCUGGACGACCAGCAGGUGCUCGUGGGCGACCGCGUGGUCCUGGAGGCCGAGGUCUCCGAGGAGGGCGCCCAGGUCAUGUGGAUGAAGGACGGGGUGGAACUCACCCGAGAGGAGACCUUCAAGUACCGCUUCAAGAAGGACGGGAAGAAGCACUACCUCAUCAUCAACGAGGCCACCAAGGAGGACACGGGGCGCUACAAGAUCAUGACCAACGGCGGCGAGAGCGAGGCCGAGGUCAUCGUGGAAGAGAAGCAGCUGGAGGUCCUGCAGGACAUCGCCGACCUGACGGUGCAGGCGACCGAACAGGCGGUCUUCAAGUGUGAGGUGUCCGACGAGAAGGUGACGGGACGCUGGUUCAAGAACGGGGUGGAGGUCCGACCCAGCAAACGCAUCCACAUCUCCCACACCGGCAGGAUCCACAAAUUGGUGAUCGACGAUGUCCGUCCCGAGGAUGAGGGCGACUACACCUUCAUCCCCGACGGCUACGCCCUCUCCCUCUCCGCCAAACUCAACUUCCUCGAGAUCAAAGUGGAGUACGUCCCUAAGCAAGAGCCCCCCAAGAUCCACCUGGACUGCUCGGGGGCGGCCAAGGAGAACACUUUGGUGGUGGUGGCGGGGAACAAACUGCGCCUCGAUGUCCCCAUCUCGGGGGAACCCGCGCCCACCGUCACCUGGAUGAAAGGGGACGAGGAGUUCACGGCCCGCGAGGGUCGGGCGCACCUGCAGGACCAGAAGGAGCUGAGCAGCUUCGUCAUCGAGAGCGCCGAGCGCGGGGACGAGGGACGCUACACCAUCCGCGUGACAAACCCCGCCGGGGAGGACACCGCCACCAUCUUCCUCAAGGUGGUCGAUGUCCCCGACCCCCCCGAGGCCGUGCGCGUCACCGCGGUGGGCGAGGAUUGGGCCACGCUGGUCUGGGACCCCCCAAAGUACGACGGGGGACAGCCCGUCACCGGGUACCUGGUGGAGCGGAAGAAGAAGGGCUCCAUGCGUUGGAUGAAGCUCAACUUUGAGGUCCACACGGCCACCACCUUCGAGUCCACGCGCAUGAUUGAGGGCGUCCUCUACGAGAUGCGCGUCUUCGCCGUCAACGCCAUCGGCGUCUCCCAGCCCAGCCACAACACCCAACCCUUCAUGCCCAUCGCCCCCACGAGCGAACCGACCCACCUGGUGCUGGAGGACGUCACCGACACCACGGCCACCCUCAAGUGGCGCCCGCCCGAGCGCGUGGGCGCCGGCGGCAUCGACGGCUACUUGGUGGAGUACUGCAAGGAGGGCACUGACGAGUGGGUCCCGGCCAACACGGAGCUGGUGGAGCGCUGUGGCUUCACGGUUCGCGGCCUCCCGACGGGCGAGAAGCUCCUCUUCCGCGUCAUCGGGGUGAACAUUGCCGGCAAGAGCCCCCCGGCCACGCUGGCGCAGCCCGUCACCAUCCGCGAGAUCGUGGAGCGCCCCAAAAUCCGUCUGCCCCGGCACCUGCGGCAAACCUACGUGCGGAGGGUGGGGGAACAGGUCAACCUCGUCAUCCCCUUCCAGGGGAAGCCGCGGCCGCGGGUGACGUGGACGAAGGAGGGGAAGGCGCUGGGGGAGGACGUGCACAUCCGCAACUCGGACGUGGAUACGGUGUUCUUCAUCCGCGCGGCCGCGCGGUCCCACUCCGGAGAGUAUGAGCUGCGCCUGGAGAUCGAGAACAUGGCGGACACGGCCACCAUGCGGCUGCGCGUCGUUGAGCGCCCGGGCCCCCCCCGGGCCGUGCGCGUGGCCGAGGUUUGGGGCUUCAACGCUUUGCUGGAAUGGGAACCGCCCGAGGACGACGGCAACGCCGAAAUCACCGGGUACAGCGUCCAGAAGGCCGACACGCGCACCAUGGAGUGGUUCACGGUGUAUGAGCACAACCGCCACCGUCGCUGCACAGUGUCCGAGUUGGUGAUGGGCAACGAGUACCGAUUCCGCGUCUUCAGCGAAAACCUCUGCGGCGCCAGCGAGAACCCGGGGGUGUCCACCAACACCGCCCGCAUCCCCAAAGCAGAGCUGAUCCUGAAGCCCCCCCAAUUCCGCGAGCACGAUUUCCGGCAGGCGCCCCAAUUUCUGACGCCGCUCGUGGAUCGCAGCGCCGUCGCCGGAUACACCACAGCCCUCAACUGCGCCGUGCGAGGGCACCCCAAGCCCAAGGUGGUGUGGCUGAAGAACCAGGUGGCCAUCGGCGAGGAUCCGCGGUUCCUGGCUCGGCACAGUCAGGGGGUCCUCACGCUCCAGAUCCGCAAACCGGGACCCUUCGACGGUGGCACCUAUGGGUGCCGGGCGAUCAACGAGCUCGGCGAGGCCCUCACCGAGUGCAAACUGGAGAUUCGGGUGCCCCAAUGACGGCAGCGCCUGCGAGAGGGGGGGCCGAAUCUGCGGCCGAAAUUACCCCCGGGGGAAUAAAUGGAGCCCUCGACU